AUGUCUGAACCAAUCACAAAACUUCCUUUGCUUUCCAAGAAGAACAUCAAAGAAGUCCAAGCAAAAGUCGAUCAAGCUCUUGCCAAAAUCAAGGCUGCUUAUGGUUUCGACUCUGUUGAAUUGGAAGCCGACUAUAUUGCCUUGUUCAAUGACAUUAUGCUCAACCCAAAAACCAUGAACAAGCAGCAAGAACCUUGGAAGCUUGUUGGUGGUACUGCUUUUCAAUACGUUAAUGGUGUCGCUCGUUGGGGUGAAAUGAAGUUUGAAAAGGACGAUGAUUACAAAGAAGCGAUCCAGGAUGUUGUUGGUAAAAAUCCAAAGCUCAUUAUUACCGUUCUCCCAACUGAAGAAGGUUUUUACUGCAAAUCUAAGUUAACCGAAGGCUCUAUCACCCUUCAAAUUCCAAAGAACAAGGUUGGCUGGAACGCUAGUGAUGCCGGUAAGGAUAUUGAAAGUCUUUUGUAA